AUGUCAAAAAUUACUCAACUCCUCGCCAUAUCUACAGUGAUCGGCUCGAGCAUUGCUUCGACUUUCCGUGUAUUCGAUAAUACAGCAUAUACCAAUACUUCAAUUGGAUAUGGCAGUACGAACAUUAAUUGGAUUCCCGCCUACGUCUGCAAUCCCUUGACAACCGGAGGUGUUCUUCCAUCAGCCGAUGUGUGGAAGAGCGUCGUUCAAGAGUGGAACGUCUAUCCAUCCUACCCCCUUGUUCUGGACUGUGAAGAUCUUUACUUUACCUCUGCAUCUACCGCAGCCCUAUACCUUGAAAUUAUGUCUACUUUGCAAACCUGGGCCGCGGACGUGAUUCCCGAGGGUCAGAUCAUUGGCUGGUAUGGUCUGUCGGGGAACACGAUAUCUUCCUUGUACGACAAUUAUCGCAGCUUGAUUGCCAACUACAGCAACCAUGCAUUCUUUCCUUCCGCAUACACCUAUAGCGAUAGUCUCUCUACGUGGAGUAGCUCGCUCAGCUCUGUCAUUGAAGUAAUCAAUACCAUCAACGACUCUUUGCCGAUCUGGCCAUAUACUUGGCCUCAGUAUCACGGCAACUACUCGUUCAUCCCGGAAGAUCUCUGGCAAAGUGAGCUGGAAAGCCUCGCAGAAAACGCAAAUUUGGAUGGAUUUGUGAUUUGGGGUGGAAAGAACCACGCAGUAUGUGACGAUGCUUGCCAGGCAAUUGCUGGUGAUGAACCAUGGCUUAAUGUCACCCGAACUUUCCUGGCGAAUCUUUAUGGAGUCUUUGGCAGUGAGGCUCAGAAAACGGGGGCCCAAUUAUUUAACUGA